AUCAAUCUCCGCACUCACUCUGAAACUGCGAUGCACUUCAAUCCACGAUUUGAUGAGGACACAGUUGUAUUCAACUCAACAUCUGGUGGUGACUGGCAGAACGAAGAAAGAGUGUCAAUGCCUUUUCAUCGGGAGAGGGUUUAUACCAUCGAAUUUGUAGGACAAUAUGGCAAAAUUCAGACACUAAUCAAUGGAGUUAUCCUGCACGAUUUCAAUGAGCGUCUACCCAGCAACGAGAUUAGAGCCAUUGCAAUGGAUGGAGCUGUGCACAUUCACUCGGUUAUCUAUGUGUAG